AUGCCUGGAAUCGAAGAACAACCCUAUAAGGUCCUCGUCAUCGGAGGUUCCUACGCUGGUUUGGCCGCGACUCUGAAUCUGAUCGAUCUGUGUCAUGGUCGGAAAUGUCGCUUCAACCUGGACCCCAACGCAGCCGCACCUGAGAAGAAGAUUCCUGUGCAGGUCACCAUCGUGGACGAGCGCGAUGGAUAUUACCACUUGAUCGGCGUUCCUCUCGCACUCGGUUCCAACAAAGAUGCCAGUGACUUCUGGAAAAAAUAUGAAGACAUUCCCGCCCUUCAGUCCCCGGACAUCAAGACAAUUCAAGGACGCGUAGACUCCGUGGACUGUAAGUCGCGAGUGGCGCGCAUUCACCAGAGCACAGAAAACGAUGGUCACAAGAUUUUGGAGGAAAGAUAUGAUUAUAUGAUUGCAACCACUGGUCUACGGAGAGAAUGGCCGAGUGCGCCCAAGUCGUUCAAUCGGGAGGCAUAUCUUGCUGAAACGGCUGGCUCGGUUGAGACCAUUGAGAAUGCUGGACAGGGUGUUGUAGUCAUUGGUGGUGGUGCCGUCGGCAUUGAAAUUGCAGCAGAACUCAAGAUGCUCCGUCCACAGGGCAAAGUCACCCUCAUCCACUCCCGCCAAAACCUACUUUCAUCCGAGCCCCUCCCAGAAGAUUUCAGCUCAAAGACACUCGAGCUUCUCCAAAAAUCAAAUAUCGAGAUAGUUCUAGGCGUAAGAGUCCAGGAAACAGUCGCAGCUAGCGACUCAGCCCCGGCCAAGUUCACACUCAAGCUCUCCAACGGUGAGGAAUUAUACGCCGACCAUGUCAUCAACGCUGUCUCCAAGUUCACCCCUACAUCUUCUUACCUACCUAAUGAAGCGUGCGAUCCCGAAGGAUACAUCCGCAUUACAACCGGUCUUCAGUUCGCUGGUGAUGUUCCUAACAAGGAGUACCACUACGCUGCAGGUGAUAUUGCUUGCUGGUCUGGUAUUAAACGAGGUGGAGCGGCUAUGCACCAGGGUCACUUUGCUGUUGCGAAUAUUCAUCAGAAGAUGAUGGCUGAGAGGUAUAAGAUCGAGCCUAAGUUUGUCGAGUUGGCUGAGGUUAAGCCUAUGAUGGCUUUGGCUCUUGGUGCUACCGCUGUUGGCUACUUCCCUGCUACCGGUAUUUCAUCCGGUGAUGAGGUGCGAAACAUGUUCUUCAAUGAGGACCUUGGGUACCAAAUUUGUUGGAAAUGGAUGCGUCUCGGAGAGACAACUGCUUGA